AUCAUGCAAUAAAAUGAACAACUUUUUGCUGGACCAGCUUCGAAUUAAUUAAAGCUCCAAAACCAUGAAAUUGAGUUCCGCCAUUAACAGCAAAUGCAAAUCUAUGAGAAUAGGGACCAUAUUUUGCUGCAUAAUCCUCUUAUUUCUUUACCAAAAUAACCAAAAUCUAAAGAUCUCAGCUACAAAAAACACAAUUAUAGUGUUCACCCCAUUAAACCAAACAAAAAAAUCACCAAUUUCUAGCAUGAUUUUGGCCCCUCCAAAACCAUCUAUCUUAUCCACAUUUACUCCACCACCACCAUAUUUGAAUCCAAUUAACCGUGUCAGGGUGGCGAACCCGAAUGUUAGUGUAUAUAAACCCGGAAAAGAUAAUGUCGGUGAAAACAAGAAAUGUGAUAUGUUUGAUGGGAAAUGGGUUUACAAGCCGGAAGAAUUUGGUAAGUAUGAUCACAUUAAGUGUCCAUUCAUUGAGGAGAAGAUGAGCUGCCGAAAGAAUGGCCGGCCGGAUUUGGACUAUGAGAAGUGGAGAUGGGAACCUAAUCAUUGCCACAUUCCAUUGUUUAAUGGAAGAGAAAUGUUAAAGAGGCUUAGAAACAAGAGGGUGAUAAUAGUCGGCGAUUCACUGAACAGAAAUAUGUGGGAAUCUCUAUCUUGCCUUUUGUACACAUCAGUACCUCGCUCUAGAAGGAUGAGAAUUCAAGUUCAUUCUAAAUUUCGUGACUACAAGGUGCUCAAAGCAAAGGACUAUAACACCACAGUGGAGUUUCAUUGGAGUCCACUCCUAAUCAAAUUCGACGAAAAUCAUAAAAGUGGAAAGAAAGUUUUGGUGUUGGAUAAGCUUUCAUCGAAUUCUAAGCUGUGGAAAGGGGCUGAUGUUAUGGUAUUCAACUCAGGACAUUGGUGGACUCACAAAGGAAAAUUCAGAACAAAAUCAUGCAGGUGGGAUUUAUUCCAAUACAAAGGACAAUUAAUGGAGAAGAUGGCCACACACCGUGCAUAUGAUAAGGGCAUGAAAACUUGGGCAAAAUGGAUCCAAGAAAACGUAGACCCGGUGAAAACAACCGUCUUCUUUAGGAGCAUUUCAACAAACCACAAUGUUGGCAAGGGUUGGUGCUACAACUCCACCCGCCCCGUCACGGACGAGUUAUACGAAAAUGCCUUCCCCAAAUUAAUGGCUAAUGUUAUAGAAAGCUUGAUAACUAAGAUGAACAAACCAAAGGUGAACUACUUGAACAUCACUAAGCUUUCUAAAUAUAGGAAUGAUGCACAUCCUUCCAUUUAUAGGAACAAAAAGUGGAAGAUUUUUCCUACACAAUAUGCUGAUUGUAGUCAUUGGUGCCUUCCUGGAUUGCCAGAUACUUGGAAUCGAUUAUUGUAUGCUUCUCUGUUUUUUACUUAAUUGAUAACAAUUCAGAUGCAAUGUAUCAUGUAUGUUAUAAAUACGCUUAAGUCAUCGUAAGUAAAAAUAACAGUAUAAUUGAGACUAUCAUACUUUUAGUAUAAUUCAAUGGCCACAGCUUUUGUUUCAUAAA